AUGGGAAGACCGUUUCACACAGCAAUCAAAAUUGGGGAAAUGGUCGAAAGUGAUCUCAAAACAGGAAGGAUCGUGAGCCAGGCAGCAAUCAAAGCUACCACACAAGCCAUUCAAGGUGGUUCAACAAGUUUUGGAAAUAGUAAAAGGAAAGAGGAAGUUAUUUCACUGGCAUCAGGGUCAAGGGGAGCUCAAAGAAAGUCUAAUUAUCCUUACACAUCAGUUCAGGGACAACUUAGCUAUCCUCGGCAUUACUAUCCUUAUGCCCCUCAAUAUCCAGUAUCUCCAUCUCCGUACACGGUCUUAAAUGCUCAGUCAUAUGUGCAUCCUCCCAAUCGCCCACAUUUUUGGGCCCCAUCUCAAGGAAACUUUCGCCCACAACGGCCACCUAUCAGGUCCCUUAUAACUCUCCUCUUACGCAGAUUACAAAAAAAGAAAUUCACUCCAUUGGGGGAGUCGUACUCCAGCUUGUUUCAAAAUUUAAGAAAGAUAGGAGCAAUUGAGUGUAUCCCACCAUAUCGUCUGAAUCCAAAUGCUCCAGGUUUCCAAGCCAAUGAAAGAUGUGAAUACCAUUCAGGAGCCCCAGGACACAACACUGAUAUUUGUUGGACCUUGAAAGGAGAAAUAGAGAAGUUGAUCGAGCAUGGAGUUGUUGUUGUGACAGAUGAUCAAAACACUCCCAAUGUGACUAAUAACCCACUUCCAGCUGAAAACAACUUAGUGGGUAUGGUUUGUGAUGAUCAAGAGUACAAACUCCUCAGCAAAAUGGGAAAGUUGUCUAGGAAGAUCGGAGAAGAAGACAAGUCAAUGAAGAGUUUAGAACCAGUUGCAUCUCUGAGUGCGGAAGGUGUCAAUCUUGACAUCAAAGUCUUGUGCAUCCCAGGGGUUUCAAAGGGGAUUGAAGUUCGAGCAGCUAUGACAAAGUUGUAUGUAUCAAAAGGCUUUUCAUUCACACAACAUGACCAAAGUGGCUUGACCAAGUUGAAAGAGCCUAUUUUUGUUAAGCCCGUUCAACAGCUUCCAGUAAUUAAUUCAAAGGUUGUCCCUUGGAACUAUAACAAAACCGCAGUGGUUUAUCAAGGAAAGGACAUUGUCGAAGAAGUUGAUAAAGUGGGGGGGGGGGGUUUGACACGCUCUAGAAGAUGUUAUUCUCCAGAAUUAUUAAGAAAAGGCAAGAUGACUGAAAAUAUCCAAGUACCACUAAAGAAAGCAGUUACUGAAGAAGAAAAUGUAGAAUUUCUAAGAAAGCUUAAGGUUCCAGAUUACUCUGUCGUGGAACAAUUGAAGAAGACACCUGCAGAGAUUUCGAUGUUGUCUCUACUUUUGAACUCAGAAGAACAUAGUCUUGUGUUGAAUAAGGUUUUGAUGAAGCACAUGUGCCAAAAGAGACCACAAUAA